CGCCGCCUUCGGGCGCACACGGGCGGGCGGAACCAUGCGCCUCAAGGCAGAGGGGAGCCCGGCGCGACUCCCCUGCCAGAGAAUGGACCGGCCCACCUGCCCGUCGCAAACUAGCAGAAAGCGGCGGUACCAUGUCCUUGGGCAGGGGUGUGUUCGUGGCCAGUGUGGCGGGCAGAGGAAAAGGCACUCGCCCGUGGAGGUGGUGUGGGUCAGCGGACUGGCUCCGGGGCUCCGUGACGAGCCGCCGCUCCUCAGGGGGAAACGGCAGCGCGGGGCCGGCCGGGCCUUGCGUGGGGCUGGGCGCGCAGCCUGCAGCCCCAUUCCCCUCAGCAGAGCCGGGGUCGGGCCUGUCGUGCGCUGCUGCCAGGUCCUGGGGCUCGCUGCUGCCUCCAGGGGCUCCUGCCCCGCUGCCCGGCCUGUGCGGUCAGCUGCGGGAGCGGCCCGGCCGUCGCCUCUGACACUGGAGGCAGGAUGGCAGCUCGGCGGGCGCUGAAAGCUGUGUUGGUGGAUCUCAGCGGCACUCUUCACGUCGAGGACUCAGCUGUGCCGGGUGCGCAGGAAGCUCUUAAAAGGCUGCGCCGUGCUCCCGUCACCAUUCGGUUCGUGACGAACACGACGAAGGAGUGCAAGAGAGAUCUGCUGGCGAGGCUGACGAAGCUGGGGUUUGACAUUGCAGAAAAUGAGAUCUUCACAUCUCUGACAGCAGCCAGAAACCUUCUGGAGCAAAUGCAGGUGCGGCCUCUCCUCUUGGUGGAUGACAAGGCCCUGCCUGAUUUCACAGGGAUAGCCACUGACGACCCCAACUCAGUGGUGAUAGGACUGGCUCCCGAGCACUUUCACUAUGAGAUGAUGAACAGAGCAUUCCGGUUGAUUUUGGAUGGGGCUCCUCUCAUUGCUAUACAUAAAGCCAGAUAUUUCAAGAAAAGAGAUGGUUUGUCUCUGGGACCUGGAGGGUUCGUGGCUGGGCUGGAAUAUGCGACGGACACCAGAGCCACUGUGGUGGGGAAGCCUGAGGAGACCUUCUUCCUGGAGGCCCUGCGGGGAGCCGGCUGUGCCCCGGCGGAGGCCAUCAUGAUCGGUGACGACUGCCGGGACGAUGUCGGCGGUGCCCAGAGCGCAGGCAUGCGGGGCAUUUUGGUCAGGACUGGUAAAUACAGACCAGGAGAUGAAGACAAGAUCAGUCCAGCCCCUUACUUAACCUGUGAGAAUUUCCCAGAGGCAGUGGAACACAUCCUGCAGCAUCUGCUGUGAGGAAGAGAAUCCUGAGCUUGAAGAAACACGAUCAAGGCAUCAGAACCCUCUGGAGCUGUGCAAGGGCAGAGGAUCAGUGUGGGCCACAGCGAAGCUCCUUUCCUGGAGCAGCUUCGCGGGGAUAUGGUGAGGCCCCACGGAUCCUCAGCAGGUGAGACAGUAAGGCUACAACGAGCACAGCCCCUUCCUGGAUGACAUCAGGAGCAUGGCAGAGAGUUCUGGGUGUUCUCAACAAAUAACUGACGAAAAGCCUCGUCUGGGAAGUGUCACCUCCUUUUGCUGAAUAAGUUAAACUGAGCAAAAACCCAACUGGCAAUACUCAAAGUCAGUAGAACCCCAACCAAGAGCAGAACCCCACUCAGCCUGUAGUGUGAUCACUAUGCUUCUGCUCUGCUCUGAAGGCUGAGAUCAUGCAUGUUUAGCAGUGAAGUGACUAAAAAUACCACCGUUGUUUAAUAGUAACCACUGUUGAUCUCUUUCCUCUCAUUAGAACAAAGCCUGGCUUUUGUUUUUUCAGAUGUUACAUAAAGCUAAAACUGUCAGCAUUUUACAGAUGUUUUAAUUAGAUGCUGUUAUUAAAAAGAAUGGUACA